AAGAGAAUUUUGCAUCGUUAUCUUCGUUACGAACAGAGCUAAAAUUUGAUUUUAGAAAGGCUGAUCUAUCGAAUAAAACUCCGCAAAAUCCUACAUACUAGUGAUUCCGUCCUUAGAAAACCUUUUUUGUUCACAAAAAAUAUUCUUGUAAAGCUGCUCGCUUCUCAUCACAAGUUGUAGGUUGCAAGAAUGGCCGAUACUCAACGUCAAACACCAGAAAAAAUUCCGAGGCCGGUGGCAUUUGAGAUGUGGUUUAAACCAGUUGUCGAGAAUGCUCGUCAGCCGAAUUUUUCUCCACUAAGGGGAGAUAAAAAUGUCAGCAGAGAAUAUCUCAGCCGUAAACAACUUGAAGCUGAAAUAAGAAAAAAGAAACGUGACCUUCAAAAAAAAGCACGGUUGGCAGCCAGAAACCAGCACACCAAACAUGUUAAGGCACUUGCAGACCUUCAAAGCAAGGUUGCUGAGGAAAAGCACAAGCAAAAGAUGGAGAUCUAUGAAGAGAACAAAAAUGCUCUUGACAAAGCCUUACAAGAUCGUCUCACAGCAAAAGAUGAACACAUCAAGGAAGUGAAGGCUAACAAUCAGGUGAUGGUGGAGAUACAGUCUAAAAUUGCAGAAGAGAAGCUUAACCAGAAGAUGAUGCAAAGUCUUGUAAAGACCGAGUCAAUGAGGAAAGCCCAGAGAGAGAAAUUUGAUGCCCAAAAGAAGAAGACAAUGGAGGUGCUGCACAAUGCUCAAGAGAUAACAGAACAAAACUGCAAGAUCACAGAAGAAAAGAUCCAGAAAAAGAUGGAGACCUCAAUGGAGAACAGGAAGAGCUAUCUUCAGAGCUUAAAGGAGCGUGUGCAUGAGAAGAAUUCAAAUGUUGAGCAAAAAAGGAAUACUCUGGAUGAGAUAUUAAAUCUGCAAAAAAAGAUGCAAGAAGAAAAUCACCAACAAAAGAUGGAGAAGUAUGGUUUGAAUCGUGACGCCUUCUUUAAGAAAAGGAAAGAACAACUGGAUGCACACUUCAAGCAUGUAAAAAAAGUGAGCUCUUUGGCCAAGGAAAGAAAGAUGAGAUUACACCAAGGAUAACAAUGUCUUCAGUGAAGCAGUUGAAAUCUCUCUAUCCAUUUAUGUCACGUUACAUUGAACUAUUUUGAUAGUUUUUCCAUUGUUGAAGUGUAUUUGCUUAGCAUAGAAAGUGUUGGACUGUUUUCAGUCAUACAUUCCAAUUGGUAUUUAUAGAAUG